AUGAGAUUCCUUUCCCUCGUCUCCCUACUUCCCUUACUCGCCACGGCCAACGCCAAUGUCAAUCCCACUCCGAACCCAUCCUUAGCUACUAGCGAUACAACGCAAGUAGCAGCAGGAGUAGCAGACAAGGGGAAUGUAGAAGCGAGACAUCAUUCCAAAUGGUUCAUGAAUAGAUUGAAGAGGUCAAAGAGUUUAGAGAUGGAAAGGCAGGAAGUAGAAGUGGCCGUGAAACCAGAGAAAGAGAAGAGAAAUGUGAUUCAGAAAGUGGUCAAAAGGAGGAAAAGAGCUACUACCUCCAAUGGUACUUGUUCAGCUAACACUGUUACCGUCACCGUCACAACCAGUGUGAUCUCCUCUACCUCGCCAUCAUCGACUUACCUCUCAUCUAUGUCUUCUUCAGUCAACAGAUCAUCCUCAUCAUCUGCUCCCAUCUCUUCGUCAACAUCGAAGAGCAAUUCAGCGUCAGCUUCGAUCACUUCCUCGGCGGUGUCGAAAACCGCUUCAGCAUCUGCGUCAAAGGUAUCUUCCUCUGCUUCUGUAUCGAAGUCAUCCUCCUCCGCUUCUGCCUCGAAGGCAUCCUCAUCUACUUCAGCUUCAGCUUCGAAGGCAUCUUCCUCCAUCUCAGCUUCAGCUUCCAAAGCGUCGGCCUCAGCUUCAGCCUCGGCUUCAAAAUCUUCCUCUUCAGUCUCAGGCUCAGCCUCCAAAACUUCCUCUUCUACCUCCGCUCCAACUUCCAAAUCCUCUUCUUCCACAACCGCCAAAUCAAGUGCCGCUUCCUCUUCAAGCACUGCCAAAUCAGCUUCAGCUUCCGCGUCAGCUUCGAAAUCCUCCUCGGCUCCUGCAGGUUCCGCUAAAGCGACCCUGAACUUGGGUGGACCACAAGCAUCAUCAACUAGCAAGUCGGUGUCAGCUUCGGCUUCCACUACCGCUAAAUCCAGUUCUUCCUCGGUCAAACCUUCGACUUCCACUUCUGUGUCCAAAGCAUCUUCCUCCUCUGCUUCAGCUUCUAAAGCCUCUUCAAACUCCAAAGCUGCAUCUUCCACUUCGACAUCUAAAGCUGCUACAUCCAUUUCGACCUUCAAAGCAGCAACAAACAGUACCACAUCCCGAUUGACCACUUCGACGACUUCCAAACCGUCAACUUCCACUUCUUCUUCUUCAGCCUCCAAGGCUGCAAGUAGUAGCAAUGUAAGUUCGAUUAAGACGAGUUCGGCAGUCGUCACUUCGAGUCGAACGGGAUCGAGUACUAGUAAUACCACUUCAAAGGUUACUUCGAGUAGCAGUACUAGUAAAGCAGCGAGUUCAAGUACCAGUAAGGCUGCUACUUCGACUAGUAAAGCGGCUGCCUCGACGAGUAAAGCCGUUAGCUCCACUAGCAAAGCAACUUCUUCCACUAGUAAAGCUACUUCAUCGAGUACUAGCAAGGCUGCCUCAUCGACCAGUAAAGCACCUUCUUCCACCAGCAAAACUGCCUCUUCUACCAGUAAAGCUGUUUCAUCGAGUACUAGUAAAGCUGCUUCAUCUACUAGUAAAGCAGCGUCUUCUACCAGUAAAGCAGCGUCUUCAACCAGUAAAGCAGCUUCGUCAACUACUAGCAAAACCAGUUCUACUACCACCAGUAAAGCUACUUCCACUUCUACUUCCAAAGCAGCAUCCUCUACGAGCUCGAUCAAAGCAUCCGCUACCUCGACCUCUACCUCAGCCGCCGCCACUGCCACGGCCGUUUCAGCAGAUCCAGAUGGAGACGGACCAUUCUACGGCUGGGGAACAUAUUUCGAUACGGGUCUAGGUGCGUGUGGUUGGACAAACGUAGCAUCAGAUUACAUCGUAGCUGUCUCAGCGGAAUUGUUCGAUAAUUGGCCGGGAUAUAAUGGGUUGAACCCUAACAAUAAUCCUAUCUGCGGACAUCACAUGAAAUUAUCCUGGGGAGGUAAUUCGAUUGUCGCUCAGGUAGCAGAUCGAUGUCCAGGUUGUUCGAAGAGAUCCCUAGAUCUUACUACUGGAGCAUAUGGUGCAUUGACGGAUGAUAAUUGGGAUAUGGGAGUGAUGGCUAGUUAUAUCAACGGGGCAGCUUAUAAUUCCGAUCUGGAAUGGGAAUGGUUGGAUUAA